CUGAGUUAUUCAUUUCAAAUCCUUGGAUGGUCUCAAAUAAUAAGCAAACUUUCGAGGGGAAUGAAAGUGGUGAGCGCAGAGUUAAUAGAAUUCCAAUUAUGCAAUCUAGACAGAAACAUAAUGAUCCAAAACAAGCACCUCUUAGAAAUUUGAGAACAGGGGUGUGGCCCAACGACUACGAGUUGUACUUUGAACGUUUCUUUCGAAAAGUGGUACGCGAGGAGGUGGAACGUAGAAUCCAAGAUUACUUACCUGCAAGGGCAUGGUUUGAUCAGAUUGGCGGUGAUACGUCCAGAGCAUCGCCCUUUGAGUUGCGUUUCACUAAUAAAUUGCCUGAUAUAAUUUUUACCCACUCUAACGUGAUAUCAGAGGAUAAAACACCCAUUCAAAUUGCUCUCUUUGAUGUCAGAGACCAGUCAGUGGUUAAUGUUGGUCCCCUCUCCUCUGCAAAGGUAGAAAUCUGUGCCCUCAAUGGCGAGUUCGGUUUCAAUGGAAGUGAGGAUUGGACCGAAGGUGAAUUCAAUGGGAAUAUCUUGCGUGAGAGAGAUGGCCGAAGACCAUUGUUGAAUGGAGAUAGACUUAUAACAUUGAAAAACGGAGUAGGUUGUAUCGAUAAAGUUAUGUUCACGGAUAAUUCAAGGUGGAUUCGAAGCAGAAAGUUUAGGUUGGGAGCCAAAGUUAUCCAAACAACUUCUAAUGAAGCUAACAUUAAGGAAGGUAGAAGCGAACCUUUUGUGGUCAAAGAUUACAGAGGAGAAUCGUACAAGAAACACUACCCUCCUUCCCUGAACGAUGACGUCUGGCGAUUAAAGCAAAUUGCAAAAGAUGGAAAAUUUCACAAGAGGCUGUCCCUCCAGGGAAUUCACACCGUGAAGGACCUUUUGCGGUUAUACACAACAAAUCCAUCUUCAUUACUUGAGAAGGUUGGCAACAUUCCAAAGAGAUCAUGGAUGUCAAUUAUUGAACAUGUCAAGACUUGUGUGAUAGAUGACGACGAGACUUUUGUAUACAACACAGCGGAGCAAUCGACGAGUUUGAUUUUCAAUUCCAUCUAUGUCCUUGUGGGUGUGAGUUUUGAUGGGCAAAAUUAUGUAUCCCCUGAUACUCUUAGCUCCGAUGAAAAGGGUGUGGUGGAAAUAAUGAAACAGCAUGCUUACCAAAAUAUGGAUAAUCUUAUAUCAGUUCACAAGACAUCACUGAGCUGCUCAACACCAUUGGCAUGUGUAGGAGUGAGACAGUUUGAUGCUACAGAGCAAGGUCUUCAACAGUUAGAUAUCUCUACUGAACAAGAAGGUUAUGGUCACCCGUAUGCCUCAACUUCAUAUGGGGAUGAAGGCCUUCCUAAUCACAAUAUCUACUCUGAUCCGAAUUCAGUGCCAGACAUAACAGACAGAAUGUGUCUAUUAGAGUAUGUAGGCUUUGGUUGGUUUCCAUAGACAAAAUGUGUCCAUAUUUAUGUUUAUGUUUGUGGAAGUUACUAGACUUGAUUGCGAGUGCAGUGAAGAGAUCCUGAACAUGGGUCCUCGCGCUCUCACAGCAUAAAAAAUCACAUGUACAAUUUGUGGUCAAAUUAGUUUCGUACGCGAAUCAUCAACUUAGAAUACUUAUCCUAUUGCUUUUUCUUGUUAAAAAACAAAGAAGGUAAAUAGUGCACGGUACAAUUGAUGGACAAAAAAUAACCUGAACUCUGCUUAUCUCGUACAUUUUCGUUGUA